GGGAGGCGGACCGUCGAGAGAGCCAGGCGAGGCGAGGCGAGGCGAGGCACUGUGUCUGGUGGGCAGGUCAGAGGCAGUGUAGCUCCGGCAAGCGUGGAGGAAGGACGUACUCGCGACACUCUCUCGCCGCCCUCUGCACGCAGACAACUGGGUCUCCUCCGCGUCUGAAUCCCGACUACCGAGGAAUAUCGUUCACUCCAGCAUCAUGAUACUCUCGCAACCUACGCGGUACAUUAGCAGUGCGAUCAUGACACCUGCACGUACUGUUUUCCCUGUCGAGUGUGUGUAACGGGACGCUUGUAAGUGCCACCUAACAAGAAUAGAGUGUGGAGAUGAAAAAGUUAAGUAAGUAAUAAGGGAGAUUCACGCCUCUAUGGCCUAUGCUCGGCGGCUCGUGGCGGCCGGCUGCAAUACUUAACGAGGCCGAGAGAACAAAAGACAAGUGAGUGUUUUCAAGAACCACAAACGCCUUCUCGGCCCCGCCUGCGCCGGCCCUCUCUUCUGCUUACUUCAGACCAAGGAAUAAUUUAUAAUAGCUUAGAAAUGUUGCUUCCAAGACAAGGAAUAAUUCGGAACAUUUGUUUUCUCUGACUCCAUGGCAAAGGUUGUGUUUGCCAGAACAACCACAUGAUCACAAACAUUGUUGUAUUUAUCAACUGUUAUAUAUAUCAUUUUACUAGUGUCUCGCGUGCGUGUGAUUCCCACCUUGGUGUCACGUGCUCUGGCACUGUAUUGACCCCGAAGACACCUGGGUAGUGAGCUAAGGUGAGGUUGAAGGUUGCUGAGGAUCGAGAAGCAAGCAUCACUGUGAAUCAAUAUCUCACACUCAUUACCCAUCGCGACAAUACCAUCAUGCUUCUCUCAUUGUGUGUAAUAGGAGCCCUAGCGGCGAGUGCCAGCGGAGGACCAGAGGAAGUGGAAGUUGCCUACCCUCUCGCAGGGAUUACUGAGGGGACGCCAAGCUCCUACAUCAGACUUACGGGCGUGGCGGAAGACGAAGAGGAGGACGAGGAUGGCCGAUUGGACGAGGACGGCGAAGACAUUGAAGAGGAGCCUUAUUUCGACGCCUCCAUGUCCCCAACCUAUACCGCCUACCUGGGCAAGACGGCAACGCUCACCUGUAUUGUUCACGCCGCCAAGAGUGACAAAUCGGUGUCGUGGAUCAAAGACCUGCGGAUCCUGACCGUGGGCCGCUAUACCUACACGACGGACCUCCGCUUCGAGGCGAUCCACCAGCCAUCCAGCACUGAGUGGACGCUGCGAGUGAAGCAAGUUGAGCUGCGGGACCAAGGGAAUUACGAGUGCCAGAUCACUACCAAGCCCAUCAGGACCUUCACCGUCUCCCUCAAGGUCGUAGAACCGACGGUCGAGGUUCUUGGAGCACCUGACAUCUACGUGAACCGCGCCAGCAUGAUCAAUCUCACUUGUGUUGUGUACCACGCCCCCUACCCGCCCGAGGCCAUCACGUGGUACCACGGCAACGAGACCAUCAGCUACACGUCGUCGCGAGGAGGAGUCAGUGUGGUAGAGGAGCGCGGCGAGACCACCACCAGCUUCCUCCUGCUGCAGAACGCCCGAGCCUCGGACACCGGCACCUUCACCUGCCAGCCUGAUGGAAUGGAGCCGGCGAUCGCUAACCUCCACGUUCUCGAUGGGGAGCAUCGGGCGGCCAUGCAGCACAACUCCAGCUGCGUGUGCGUGCCGCGGCUGUCCACUAUCAUCGUGGUGGCCGCCUUCAUCGUCACCUGUUGUGUGGUGUUGUGAAGCCCCAGGGAGGACAAGGAAGGGCAAAGGCAUCCAGGAGGCACCACAAGGGCACCCUCCUGGCGCCCCUGCUUCCUCCUGCAGGCCAUCCAGGCGCCCGGACAAGGAAGUGGUUCGUGAGUCACAAGUUUCAUGGCCACAAAGACUUUCUCGCCGCUGUUUCUGAAGCCAAAUGUGGCGCCGCCGCCACGAGACAUUUUACAAUAAAGGACGCAAUGGACGGCUCAUCCUGACCCUCUCUGCGUACAGGCACAAAAGGGAAAGGUCAAUCGCAACGGUGCAUUAUGUAAUUCUUGAAUACAUGCUAAGUGCUGCAGAGGCUGAAAAGUUUUCCCAUCAGCGUAAAAUUCCCUCAAAUGCAAGAAGUUACUGGACAGUUAAUUAUUUUUACUUAUUUUUGUAGGGGAGGCGGAAAAAUUGAGUCACCUGUUCAUAUGCUCAGUUAAUUAUAAAAGAGCAGAUUAUGAGCUCGUUCAACCGCCGGGCCGCGGGGUCGAUCAGGCACUAUUUUUCCGGACAACAUUUUUGCUUUCAAUGACUAAUAAUAUUAUGGGAAAAAAUGUAAAAUGCAAAGUAGGUUGUUCAUUUUAUACAUUCUCAUAAUUUGGUUCCUAUUUUCUAUGAUUGUCCCCUUAAAAAAACAUUAUGAACAUAAUGGUCACUAAAAUCCUAGUUCUAUUUUUUUUUUUAUAUUUCCGCUCACUAAUAGAUUAAUACCAGUCAGUGAUGAAAAGUCAGAGGUGGGAUUUUUACAUAAUGGAAAAUCAGCCCGUAUUAUCAGUUGUGGAAAACUACAUGCAUAUGAAUGAGAUAAUUGGACUGACAAUAACAGGAACAUGUAAGCAGAGAUCACAUCAGCAAGUCACCACCAGGGAACGGUAUUCAAAGGUCCGACCUGACGUCACACAUCACACGUGGAUUGGAACAGGGACGGAAAAAAAUUAUUAAUCCAGACCAAAGCUUCCCACAGAACCAAUACAAAAAUACUUCAGAGAGAAAACGUAACAUUUACUUUGAGGGGAGUGGCCACAAGGGACGAAAGAACGAAGGGAGGGAGGGAGGGAGGGAGGCACUGACCCCUAGGCCCUCCCCUUCACCCUCCCCCAAAGACUACCAAAGUGUAUGGCGUGUUUCCGUGUCCUCCAGUCUUGUGUUUUGUGAAUUUCCUCGUGUCUAUCUGCAAAUCAACUUAUCAUGUGGUUUAUCGAUUCUCUCUCUCUCUCUCUCUCUCUCUCUCUCUCUCUCUCUCUCUCUCUCUCUCUCUCUCUCUCUCUCUCUCUCUCUCUCUCUCUCUCUCUCUCUCUCUCUCUCUCUCUCUCUCUUAAUGUCAAGAUGAAUAAUAAAGAUUUAAGGUCCUCCACCUCCUGUCUCGCCUCCAAGGACAUGUGGAGACUUAUUCCACCUCCACACACACGAACUUCAACCACUGUCAUUUCCUUUUGAAAUUGCAAGCCCACGCAAAAGUUAUUCUUCGACAAAAACUGAAAAAAAGAGUAUUCAGAGUUCAACAGUGAGAAAAAUAACAUGAAAGGUUAUCGCAGGAUUGCUCAUCAUGUUUUAAGGUCAUCGGCACAUUGGUUGAGAUUUGUGAGAUUUUAAUUUUCUUUAUUUUUUUCUAGAGAGAGAGAACACACGGCCGCUGCUCUGUCAUGUUCAUUUAUUUACUUUUUUUCUUUCACACGCAACGAGAAACCAAAACUGUUUUCCCAUAAUCAUUUGUUCACCCUAAUGCGAACCCCAAUGGGUCAUCAACACGUCACACUUGCACCAUUCUUUCCUCAUAUUCACCCAUAGAAUCAGUACCAUCCUUUAUUUCAGUUCCUGCCAACCAAUUCCCCGGCCUGUCCUGUCCUGCGCUGCUACCUGCUAUCCGCUAUUAUAUUUGCAAUUCGAAAACACCUCAGUAACCUUCCCCAAAAUACAAGUACCACAGGUUUAAACACGAUGUAUAUCACCAGUGACCAUGAUACAACAACCUCCACACGACACUAAAAAGUACUAGCAACUGCACCACCACUAACCCAACUAACCAACGCAAAACACCACACCACACCACCCGGGACACUAUCUAUUGUCACUGCACUCCAGCACACGCACAAAACUGACAGCCACCACAGCCACCACGUCACAGAGCCUCGCUAACGCCGCACUGCCGUCCCCCUGCACAAUACAACCACAUCACUGCCUGCUGCCUAUGCACGGGUCGGGGUUAAUCAGUAUAAUGCCGCACACGGACAUUUUUGAAGUGGUUAUGCCUUUGUUCUUUCAUCCAUUACGAUUGGGAAACAUCAACCAGGGAUGCUUCUUUUGGGAAUAAAUUUUAUUGGCAGUUCUGGACCGGGUUUCCGUUUUGCUUUUUGAAAUUCCUCGGUUGGAGGGUAUUACCGGAUUAUAUUUUUUCGUUCUAUAUACACAUCGCGGCGGAAUAUCAUGCACAGCCAUUUUGUACUACAGGAUAUAUUUAGCUUGCUCUCUUUUCAUAAAAUAAAAAAAUGAAUUUGUGUUUUUCAGCAAAUUAAUCAAGUUAAUGCGCAUUAUUCGAGCGAAUAUGAAUGCGUUAUGUUUGCUGAACCUGUAACUUUUAUGUAUAAAUUCUUUUAUCCUGGUGUAAUUUGUUUUGUCAUCAGUGCAUCUUUGCAUCAUCAGCAUUUAUGUCUCACUUCUGAUAUAUUUUUUACAUCAUCGCAUAUUCAUGUUGUCAUCACAGUACUUUUACGUUCACAUUCUCCCAUUCAGGUGCCAUUUAUCCCUUUAUCUCCCUACCAUGGGACUCACUCACCCUCUCAUUUCAUGGUCAUCGCUGUUAAAUGCAGCACAUUCAUCUCACCCUCAUUUUUUUUUUUUUAUGUAUCAAUUUGGCAAGUCUGACACAAUGGCCAUAUACCUGCCACCGUGCUUAGGUGUGCUGGUGUUAUAUGUUGAUAGUAGUAGUAGUAGUAGUAGUAGUAGUAGUAGCAGUAGCAGUAGUAGUAGUAGUAAUAAUAAUAAUAGUAGUAGUAGUAGUAGUAGUAGUAGUAGUAGUAGUAGUAGUAGUAGUAGUAGUAGUAGUAGUAGUAGUAGUAGUAGUAGUAGUAGUAGUAGUAGUAGUAGUAGCAGCAGUAGCAGCAGCAUUGGCAGUUGCAAUACCAACAGCGACAAGAGCAGCGGCCAAAAAUGUAUGAGUGUGUGUGUGUGUGUGUGUGUGUGUGUGUGUGUGUGUGUGUGUGUGUGUGUGUGUGUGUGUGUGUGUGUGUGUGUGUGUGUGUGUGUGUGUGUGUGUGUGUGUGUGUGUGUGUACGCGUUUAUCUAUGUACGUAAAUCAGAAUCGUUGAGAUUAUGUGUUGAGCCAUAGACAAUGAUAUGAGCAUUCGUAAAGUUUUUAUAUAAUUCGCUUUCUCUGGAGAGGACUUUUUUUCGUAAACUUGUAUGCCCAUGUGUUUAUAUAUGUUUCCGAGUGUGUGUGUGUGUGUGUGUGUGUGUGUGUGUGUGUGUGUGUGUGUGUGUGUGUGUGUGUGUGUGUGUGUGUGUGUGUGUGUGUGUGUGUGUGUGUGUGUGUGUGUGUGUGUGUGUGUGU